UUUGUGCAUGUCUCUUGACCUUGCAGGACUGGACAAUGGAGGAGCCCUGGGACUCCACAGUGUCCCAAGUGUCUCUCGGUCUGGUGCAGUUGAGGAAGCUGAAGCCAUCUUUGAGCAGGGAGGAAAGCUGCAACCUGCUGGCUGAGUGCUGCCACACCAUCUUAUCCUUUCCUUCCAAAGAGGAGACGGAAGGGAGAGGGAAGACAGCGAGGCAAACUCGGAACAUACAGACUCUGCACAUGUUGUGCUUGGAAGGUCUGGGCCGGAUUAUAGUAGCCCUUCUCGAGGCAGAGGUGACCUCUACCUGCUUUGAGGACGUGGUCCAUGUCCUGCAGCGCUGGCUCGCCUCGGCCAAAGCGUGGGAGCGGGAGAGGGCCUUGCAGGUCUGCGCCCAGCUGCUGGGUGAUUGCGAGGAGCGAUUCAAGGUCAUGAGAGGAUGCGCUUGCAAGCAGUUUGGCUUCUUGGUGGGGCUGCUGGGACCUCUGACUACUGAAUCCCUGGCCACAUCCCGCCGCUGGGCAGGGGUCUGCCUGGGUCACCUUCUCCAAAUGCAAGCCAAGACCAGGAAUGUGGCACCCGAGGCGGGUGACAUUGCGUGCCUGCGUAAAGGGCUGGACGCCACCGACGACGUGCCUCUGCUUGAGACCUCUUAUGAAAUAGCAAAGACUGUCUGCAAGUAUUUUCCCCCAGCACAGGCCGCAGACUUCAUGAGCACCAUCACGGAAAGCCUGAAGUGUACCAGAGACGAGCGUGCAUGGGCCGCGGAGGUGUGGAUGACUACCUUUCUGGAAGAAUGUGGACAGCUAAUAUAUCAGGAGGUGCCAGAAGUCCUGCACGUCCUUUACAGCCGCUUGCAGACCAUGCAAGAGAACACCCACAGGCCCCUCCUGCUCCUGGCAGUGUAUGUCCUGGCCUGCUUUCACCAUGAGCCUGUGGUCGACAGCCUCCUCCAGAAACGUCUGCCCCUGGACAGGGAUGCGAUGGAGCUGUGGAGCAUCCUGGGGAGAAGCAGCCUUGGGGUUCAGGUCCUGAAGUACUUAACACAGAAAUUAGAGGCAGCGGGAGAGAACAGCCCUGGGCCCCACUCUGCUGCUCACGAACUGGACCACAGCCAGGCUGCUCUGGAGUCCCUCACGCUCCCCCGUGCCAUCUCCGAGGUGGUGUUCAUGCUGCCAGCCAAGGAAAGGGUCCAGCGCCUGCUUCCCCGUCUCCUUCCUGGCCUCCUGGGUGAGAUCAGCAAGGCGCUGGGUGAGGGGAUGCUGCUUGCCCCUCUAAGAUGCCAGAGAGGGCUCUUCUUACCAGCAUUUUAG